CUCCUCCUCCUCCUCCUGGCCGUCUCGGUGGUCUCCGCCGACGAAGGGCCGUACAUCGGUGUGAAUGUCGGCACGGCGCUGUCGGACAUGCCGUCGCCGACGCAGGUGGCGGCGCUGCUGAAGACGCAGAAGAUCGACCACGUCCGGCUCUACGACGCCGACCCGGCCAUGCUCGCGGCGCUCGCGAACACCGGGAUCCGCGUCACCGUCUCCGUCCCCAACGAGCAGCUGCUCGCCGUCGGCCAGUCCAACGCCACCGCCGCCAACUGGGUGGCCCGCAACGUCGUCGCGCACGUUCCCGCCGUCAACAUCACCGCCAUCGCCGUAGGGUCGGAGGUCCUCACCGCCCUCCCUAAUGCUGCCACCCUACUCGUCCCUGCCCUCCGCUACAUCCACUCCGCCCUCGUCGCCGCCAACCUUGAUGGCCUCAUCAAGGUCUCCACCCCGCACGCCUCCUCCGUCAUCCUCGACUCCUUCCCGCCCUCGCAGGCCUUCUUCAACCGCACCUUCGAGCCGGUCAUUGUCCCCAUGCUCAAGUUCCUCCAGUCCUCCGGCUCCUACCUCAUGCUCAACGUGUACCCGUACUACGACUACUUGCAGUCCAACGGCAUCAUCCCCUUGGACUACGCCCUCUUCCGCCCGCUCCCCCCGAACAAGGAGGCGGUCGACGCCAACACCCUCCUACACUACACCAACGUGUUCGAUGCGGUCGUCGACGCCGCCUACUUCGCCAUGGCCUACCUCAACGUCACCAAUGUCCCGGUCGUCGUGCUGGAGUCAGGGUGGCCGCACAAGGGCGACCCGACGACGGAGCCGGAUGCCACCGCCGACAACGCGGCCACCUACAACAGCAACCUCAUCCGCCACGUGCUCAACAACACCGGCACGCCCAAGCACCCGGGGGUUCCGGUACCCACCUACAUCUACGAACUCUACGACGAGGACCUCCGUCCGGGGGCGACGUCGGAGAAGUUCUGGGGGUUGUUCGACGUCAAUGGCGUGCCAGCGUACACGCUGCACCUGACAGGGUCCGGGACGCUGCUGGCGAACGACACCACGAACCAGACAUUUUGCGUCGCAAGGGAGGGGGCAGACACCAAGAUGCUGCAGGCUGGACUUGAUUGGGCGUGCGGGCCGGGGAAGGUGGAUUGCUCUGCUUUGAUGCAGGGGAAGCCAUGCUAUGAUCCUGAUACGGUCGAGUCGCAUGCCUCGUACGCAUUCAACGAGUACUACCACGGGAUGGGAAUGGCUUCUGGGACUUGCUACUUUAGUGGGGUUGCAGCUAUUACGACUACAGAUCCAAGUCAUGAAUCUUGCUUAUUCUCUGGGAGUGGUGGGAAGAACGGUACAGUUCUGAAUGGCACAUCGUUGGCUCCCUCCUCCAACUCGACAUCAGCCGAGUCCAGUGCUAGUGCUGCUCACAGUUUCCAUCACAACAAAGGAGGUCUUCAGAUCAUCAGACUUCUCCUGUUGAGCUUAAUUGUCUUGUAGCUUAUAAUCUCCUCAAUUUUUGAUCAGCAAGAAGCUUUUCGAAAGCUCCUGUGGAACUUAACUCGAUCAAUUCUGGAUGGAUGUGAGUUGGGUUAAUUUGUGGCGAGGCACAUCCAAUCUUGUCUUGUCCUCAUCGUCCGAAGUCAGGUUGUCUAUCUCUUUUGUCUUUAAAAUUUUCCUCUUUGUGCUGAAUGCAAAUCCUCUGUACAAAUCCCAUUUGGUGUUUGUCCUUUUGAAGAUGAUCUUCUGCCAAUAGUCCUUCAAUUAUUCUC